AGAAAAUAAAAAGAAAACCAUGAUUUUUAAAAGUCUUUUUUGCAAAAAAAUUAAUUAAAAUUUACUAACAUACAUUUAAAGAUGGUAUUCUUUAAAAAAGGCUGAUCAGAAUUUUCAAACUAUUUAAAUUAAAGAUUAAAACAAUCUUUAAGAGAAUACGGAAAGCUACUAAUAUUUAGUUGAUAAAGGAAGGCUUUAUUUAAAAUAAGGCAAGCUUGAAGAAGCCUAAAAUUUAUUUUAAUUGGCUCUUAAAUAUUAUCCCAAAACAGACUACUUGUCUCAUCACCUUUUAGGAUUUACUUUCUAUUAAUAAGGUAAAUUUUAAGAUGCUUUGUAAAAAUUUAAUGAGUCACUAUAAAUAAAUCCUCUCUAAGUCGACAUUUACAAUACUAUAGGGUCUAUUUAUGAUUAAUAAAAUAUGAAAGACCAAGCAAUUAAAUAAUAUCAAAAAGCUUUAGAAAUAUAACCUUCUUAUUACACAGCUCUAUUAAAUUUAGGAAAUUUAUACUUUUGGGAUAAAAAUAUGGUAAAGGAAGCUAACGAGUGUUUCUAGAAAGCCUUGGAUAUUAAUCCUAAUAGCUUAUAAGUAUUGAAGCGAGCAGCUUUAUUUUAUUAUAGUAACAAUUAAUUUUAAGAAGCAAUAUAAAAUUAUGAAAAAGCAUUAUCUAUUGAUCCACAAGAUUAUGAAAUCUUUGGUUGUUUAGCUUAAGUAUAUCAUUAAAUUGGAAAUAUAUAAAAAGCAAUAAAAAUUUUGGAAAAAGCUAUAAAGUAAAAUCCAAGAAACCAUUAAUUUCAUUAUGAUUUAGGAAAUUAUUCGAGCGAAGUUGGAUUAAAAAAUGAAGCUAUUUAGUGCUAUUUAAAUGCUUUAGAAAUUAACCCGGAAUUCUAUUAGGCUUUAAACAACCUAGGGGGAGAAUAUAUUUUUAUGGAAAGGUUAGAAGAAGCUUAAUCUUGCUUUUUAAAAAUUUUAGAAACUUACCCAUAAGAUUUUAAUGCUUUGAUUUAAUUGGUUGUUUUGUGUAUAGAACGUGGAAUGAUUGAAGAAGCAAAAGAUUAUCUAUAGAAAUGUUUACUUAAUAAUAAUUUAGAUUAUGAUGCUUGUAAUGGUAUUGCAUAGUGUUAUGAAGCAUUAGGAAUGAUAGAAGAGGCCAUAUUUUGGUGUGAGAAAGCAUUAAAAAUUAACCCUAAUUCUGUUGAUGUUUUAUCAAAUAUCGCCCUACUACACUUUAUGAAUGGAAAUACUGAAGAAUCAAAAAUUUGUUUUGAAAAGACUUUAAAAAUCAAACCUGAUCAUUCUUAUGCUUUGACUAAUUUAGGAUUUAUUUACUAUUUGCAAGGAGAUUAUUCAAAAGCCAUAUCCUUUUACUAAUAAUCUAUAGAAAUAGACCCAAGUAUGCAUCAUGGUUUCAACAAUUUAGGAUUAAUUUAUUAACAUUAAGGAUUAGCUGAAUAAGCAAAGCAACAAUAUGAAAAAGCUCUACAAAUUUUACCAAAUUUUGCUCAAGCCUUGAAUAAUUUAGGAUCUAUUUAUUAUAAAAAUGGAAAGAUUGAAGAUGCCAUCGAAUACUACAAGAAAGCUCAAUAAGUUGAUCCUCAAUUUUUAGAACCUUAUAAAAGUUUAGGUUACAUUUACCAAAAAAUAGGAAUGGUAGUGGAAGCAAAAAAUAUGCUUGAUUAGCUAACUUAAUUAAAAUAAAAUCAGUAAAAAAUAUUUGAUUUUAAAAAUUAUAUAUCCAUAACGUAAUUAUGAAAUUUUUUAAUUAAUUAUUUUAAGUCAUUUUUAUUUAUUUAUUUAUCUAUCUAUCUAUCUAUCUAUC